AUGGAAGACGAUCCUUUCUCUCUUCCUCUCUUCAAUCAUAGUCAUCAUCAAUCAGCUACAGUCGGUGGUUCUGGAUUACCACCUAUUCGAACUGGUUUAGAUGGACCUCCUCAAAUCGCACCACCACCACCUGCAUCUGCCCAUCGAUCCAGUACCAAUCAUCCUCAUCCAGCAGGAGUCAGCACUGGAGGAGUACUCUCAUCCCCAUUCUCAGCUUCUCCUCGCGUGCCAACCAACAACGCUCCACCUCUACCGAACCCGCAUCGUCCGCAUGCAGCAUCGACCUCAUCCGCGACACCUUAUUCAUCCGUCCCGUACCCUCAAUCUUCAUCAAUGCAGGUGCAUAAUGAUGAACUGAUGCCUCCUUCCACAAGCUCGCAUAGUUAUUUAGGAAGAAGCGCUAGUCUAGGUGGAGCGAGGAAAAAAGAUCCCUUUGCUUAUAGAUCCGAUGAUGUAGAAAGUGGUUUCGGUAAUAUGGAAGUUAGUGAUGAUAUCCUUCCCCCUCCUCCUCCUCAAUCCUCGGGCAAUUGGGCAGCAUAUAACAACAACGGUCAAAGACAAAGUCAAAGUUAUCAAGGAUAUCCUGGGCAGCCACAACAAAGUAGAGAUAUCAUAAUGUCGCCCAGUAAACCUUAUGGUGGGAAUAACACCUCGAUGAAUCCGCCUCCUGUUCCUGCUCAUGCUCUUCGUCAACAACCUAGUUCGGCAACACAAUCGAACAACGAGUUAAACAUCUCUCCGUCAUAUCAAUCCAACUCGAUCUCGAGUAACCCAUACAUACCUAGAGGCUCUGAAUCAGGCCCUUCAAGCUCGAAUGACCCUACUCACUGGACAGAUUACAGAAGACCUUCUUUAAACAACAAUCAACGAAUGUCUUCCACCGGGUCAUAUCAAUCACGUGCAUCCGAUCAGUUAUCACCAUUUGCCAAAGCCGCACCUUUAGGCGAAAGUCCCUCUUCACCAUUAUUAAACCCUUACGAAGUUUCACCUAACUUAGCUCCAAGCGGGUUUGCUUCUUCACCCAAUGUACCUCCUCCGCAAAUCAUUCCAAAUAUGCCAACAUCACCAAGACAUUGGACGACAGCAAAUCCCGCUUCUUCCUCUAGGCCUGCUGCUUCACCUGUGGGAGGUAGACCACCGCCAUCGUCAUCGUCCACGAGUAGAGCAGCUAAUCAACUGUAUCCUGCAAGUCAACCAGUAACACCCGCUGGUAAAUAUGAACUCAAUGCUCCUAGGGGUAUGCCUUCGAGAGACGGAAGUGGAAGUGGAGAAGCCGUUUCAAGAAACGGUCUAAGAGAAAUCAACGGCUGGACAGACUUGAAACCUAUUGUUGCUUCUCAACCUAAUGGAAGAAGAGCGGACCCUGAUGUUCCAGGAAAAUUCCUUAGUCCACUGAAAUGCCUCACAACGGCCUUACCACAAACGUACAAUCUGUGUAACCCCACUUUCCGUUAUGAGACUUCUGAUAACCCGCGAAGGGUAUUGACGAAACCCAGUAAACCGGUGCAUAAUGAUGGUGCGGAUAACGAUGAUUGGGAUUACAUCUUAUACGUCAAUGAUGUAUUGGGAGGGGAUCAUGGUGGUGAUAGAUACCUUAUCCUCGAUGUGCUUGGUCAAGGAACAUUUGGACAAGUAGUCAAAUGUCAAAAUAUGCGUACUCACGAGAUUGUAGCUGUAAAGGUGGUCAAGAACAAACCUGCCUAUUUGCAACAAAGUAAGAUGGAGGUUGCUAUAUUAGAACUGCUUAAUACUCAACACGAUCCGAAUGAUCGACACCAUAUACUUAGGAUGCACGAUUCCUUCACACAUAAAAGCCACCUUUGUUUGGUGUUUGAAUGUCUUUCUUCCAACUUGUAUGAGCUCAUCAAGCAGAAUCAAUUCAAGGGACUGAGUACACAACUUGUGAAAGUGUUCACCCAGCAAAUGCUAGAUUGUUUAUCAGUGCUCAAGGAUGCCAGAUUGAUACACUGUGAUUUGAAACCUGAGAAUAUAUUGUUGAAAUCAUUACAAUCACCACAGAUCAAAAUCAUCGAUUUCGGAUCAGCAUGCCAUGAGAUGCAAACUGUCUACACCUAUAUCCAAUCGCGAUUUUACAGGUCGCCCGAAGUCCUACUUGGGCUUCCAUAUUCCGCUGCAAUCGACAUGUGGUCUUUAGGUUGUAUCGUGGUGGAAUUAUUCCUGGGUUUACCUCUCUUCCCUGGAACGAGCGAAUACAACCAACUAUCUAGAAUUGUGGAUAUGCUAGGCAAUCCUCCAACUCAUCUACUUGAAGUUGGGAAACAAACACAUGAAUUCUUCAAUACGACAAUUGAUGCAUAUGGGAGAAAGUCAUUCAAACUGAAACCGAUGCAUCAAUACGCUUCAGAACAUCGGACGGAUGAGCAACCAUCAAAACAAUAUUUCAAACAAACCAGAUUAAAAGAUAUCAUAAUGGAGUAUUCUUUCAACAAGAGAGGUGCCAAGCAAUCGGAUAUUGACAAAGAAAUGGCCAUGCGAAGAGCCUUCGUGGAUUUCGCAGAAGGACUACUCAAUAUGGACCCGAUCAAAAGAUGGUCGCCUCAACAAGCGGCUAAGCAUCCUUUCAUCACCGGUGAAAAGUUUACUGGCCCGUUCCAGCCGACAGCGCCAAGCAGCAGAAAAUCAAGUCAAGCACCGCCUGCAGAAAUUCCGGCAUCUUCCAGCUCAUCUUCGUCUAGUAAGAAGUAUGGUGGUCUUGUUCAGAGCCCCACGUCCAGCCGCACUCAACGAAUAUACUCAGAUGCCGCCUCUUACAAUCAACAGCUUGCUCAACACCAGUCAUACACCGCCCAAGCACAAGCUGCGGCCAACGCGCCACGACCGGGACCAUUCUCCCCUGGCUACGAUAUUCAACAAUCUCAACAAGCUUAUACUCAUGGUCAUCAUCGAGUAGUAAGCCAACAACUACCACCUCCACCUCCCCAACAGCAGCCAAACCAACAGCAACAGCAACAGAGACAGCCAUCUGGUCAAUGGCAAAUGCCUCCUCCUCACGUGUCGUACCAACAACGAGUGCCAUCAUUGAAUGCCUCGUCUUCUCAGGCAUCAUUGCGUCAACCCAAUAAUGUACCGAUGGUGCCUUCGACGACAAAUCCACCUCCAAACUCGUACUAUCCUGCCACGCGCAAUCGGGCCAAUACAAUCAAUCAGAUGGAUGCUAUACCACCUGCAUUGGCUCGAUUGGUUCAAUUUGGUGCGCAAGAUCCAUCUGGAACUCGGAACUCGUUGACGCCUGUCAUGAACCGUGACGAAGCAAUGAGAGAGUGGGAAAGAAGACAGCAAUCAGGACAUCAGAAACAAUCUUCUUUACACAAUUCCAGUUAUCCGCAAUUAGAAUACUUGCAAGAACAAGCUGAAUUAGCCGCAAUGUCAGGUCAAAACUAUUUAUUACCAGGACAAUUCGCCAGUAACCAUUAUGGCGGAGGAGUACAACUUGGACAUGGCCAAGCUCAUGGGCAUGGACAAAGUCAACAUGGGGGACAUCGACACAAUCAAAGCCUAUCUGGAAAUCAAGCUUAUCAGAUGCAACCUCAUAUAGGCGUUUCACCUCCCACCAACGUAGAUUACGCUUCUACUGGUCAGAGAAGAGAAUACGAACCUUCACCCCAUCGGUCUUCCUAUUCUGGCAGCACCAAUGCGAACACAGGUUUGCCAACUUAUCCCCCGCCUGCAGCUACGUCAAAUCCCAAUUCUGCUAGUAUAGGUGGUGGGUUUGAUGCUUUCGAUACCAGAGAUACAAGUGGUAUGGGUAUCAUGUACACACCUUUACAACCAAGUUACGGUUCUUCUUCGACUUCAACAACUAAUAACCAAGGAUACAAUCAUCAUAACGUAGGACAUCAAGCCAGAGCAAGUUAUUCUGGUCCGUAUGGGAUCAACCAAUCUCCUUUUGGUCCACCGGGAAAUAUCCAACAGACCGGUUCUGGAAGUAGUUCUGGAAAUGGAAAUUCAAGUCCAAGAUAUACCGGUCAGAGAAGAAAUCAAUAUGGUGCUUAA